AUGUUCCUGAGCUCAACUGAAGAGAGUGCAAUUGAAAAGGAGGUUUGUAAACUCAGAAAACAGCUGGAAGUUCAGCCACCUGUGACGAAUUUGAGUGUCUCUGUUGAAAACCUCUGCACAAUAGUAUGGACGUGGAGUCCUCCCGAGGGAGCCAACCCAAACUGUACUCUCAGGUACCUUAGUCAUUUCGAUGACAAACAGGAUAAGAUAAUUGCUCCAGAAACUCGUCGUCUAAAGGAAGUACCCCUAAAUGAAAAGAUCUGUCUGCAAGUGGCGUCCCAAUGUAGUACCAAUGAGAGCGAGAAGCCUAGUGCGGUGAGGAGAAAGUGCAUCUCGCCCCCUGAAGGUGAUCCUGAGUCUGCUGUGACUGAACUCCAGAGUAUUUCGCACAACAUGACCUAUAUGAAGUAUUCCUGGCUUCCUGGAAGGAAUACAAGUCCUGACACAAACUAUACUCUUUACUACUGGUACAGCAGCCUGGGGAAAGUUCUUCAGUGUGAAAACAUCUAUAAAGAAGGUCAACGCAUGAGCUGUUCCUUUAAACUGACUAAAGUAGAUUCGAGUUUUGAGCAGCACAACAUUCAAAUCAUGGUCAAAGACACUGCUGGGAAAAUUAGGCCAUCCUUCAAAAUAGUGUCUUUAAUUUCCCGUGUGAAACCUGGUCCUCCACAUAUUAAACAUCUUUUCUUCAAAAAUGAUGUCUUAUUUGUGCAGUGGAAGAAUCCUCAGAAUUUUAGCAGCAGAUGCUUAUCUUCUGAAGUGGAUGUCAAAAACAGUCAAAAUGGACUACAUUCUCCUUUCUCUGUUGAAGAGGACAAAUGCCAGAAUUCAGAAUUUGAUCAAAACAUGGAGGGUGCAGGCUGUUUCAUCCUCCCUGGUGUUCUUGCUGACACUGUCUACACCGUCAGAGUAAGAGUCAAAACAAACAGGUUAUGCUUUGAUGACAACUACCUGUGGAGUAACUGGAGCGAAGCCCUGAGCAUUGGCAAGGAGUCGAACUCCACAUUCUACAUAACGAUGUUACUCAUCAUUCCGGUCAUUGUUGCAGGUGCGAUCAUUGUCCUUCUUCUUUACCUGAAAAGGCUCAAGAUCAUUAUAUUUCCUCCAAUUCCUGAUCCUGGCAAGAUUUUUAAAGAAAUGUUUGGAGACCAGAAUGAUGAUACCCUGCACUGGAAGAAGUAUGACAUCUACGAGAAGCAAUCCAAAGAGGAAACGGAUUCUGUAGUGCUGAUCGAAAACCUGAAGAAAGCAGCUCAGUGAUGGGGAGAACUGACUUCUGGUCUUCUAUCAAUGUGACCCUGUGAAGAUUCACUGCACUCUCCAUCUGUUAUCCGAGGGCUUGUUAAAUAGAAAUCGAAACUACUGGACCCUUGAAGCGCAGGCAGCUCCUAAGAGAGCCAUGGCUUUUUCAUGUCAGUUUUGCACCGAAAAACCCAAACUAAUGGAGCUCUUCAAGACGAGAGCAGAACCUUUCUUGUUCUCGUUGACUCUUAAAAGCAGAUGUCCUUUGCCAAGUGUCCAAACUAGAUGACAAAGAAAAGGGGACAAUGAGCAUGGAUUCAUCUUAUCAGGAGUCAUGAUGACUUCCUUAAAGAAUCUCUGCUUGCUCUGUAUUCUUUGUGUGGAUUAACACCACGAAAUUUUACUUGUGAGGAAACUCACUUGGGGUGUGUAUGCUAGUGCUGAACUUGAUUCCCAGAGAACAUCUAACAAACAAAACUGA